AUGGUCGAGAGACUUCAUCGGCAGCUGAAAGCAGCGAUACGUUGCCACGCAAACGACUCAUGGACCAGAGUACUACCAACGGUACUUUUGGGCAUCCGCGCGGCCUGGUGCGAAGAUCUACUGGCAACAUCGGCCGAGCUCGUUUACGGCACAACGCUCCGACUACCUGGAGAAUUUUGGUCUGACACGACUGAUGCAACGACUGACCAGACCGCUUUCAUUACGGAGUUUCGUCGGCAUUUUGAUAAGUUACGACCGGUACAAACGGUACGUCAUGGCUAUAGGACACCUUUUAUCUUCAAAGACCUGGAAACCGCAACACACGUUUUCGUACGCCACGACGCGGUCAAGUCCGCCUUAAAAAUGCCGUACGAUGGCCCUUAUACUGUCGUCCGUCGUAAGGAUAAAAAUUUCGUCGUAAAAAUACGAGGCCGAGACGUAACAGUCUCCAUUGAUAGAUUGAAACCGGCCUAUAUUUUUGCCGAGGGUAGCGGCGAUCAAGGUUUCGCACUAAACCUGCCAGCAACAGUACAACCCGCCGUGGAGCAACCACAAGCACCUCCGCCAGCCAUCGACGAAACACCACCACAGGGUCAAGAUCAACAGCGCAACCCAGUUAAUGAUGACCUACCGAAUGAACCACGUCGGUCUGGUCGACGAGUUCGUUUUGUAGAUCGUUAUCAAGCUGGUUAUUCAUAA